GGCGGGGACACGAUGGAGGAAGCCGACUAAAGACCACAUUGAACUACUUUUACCUUUACUGUGUUGGCAGGGCACUGUGUCUGUGGUUUUCUGCGGUAAACCACGAUGUUUUUAUCCGGCUGGAGGUGGCUUGGCUUCCUGCUUCUCCACACGCUCGUACUUGCUGUCACUGCAAAGAGAGCAAGGAGGAAUGUCCUCUUCAUCAUGGCAGAUGAUCUACGGACAACCCUGGGCUGCUAUGGAGACCCUGUAGUGAAAUCCCCAAACAUUGACCAACUGGCUUCCAAAAGCCAAGUCUUCCUCAACGCGUACGCACAGCAAGCUGUGUGCGGUCCCAGCCGCACGUCCAUGUUGACCAGCAGAAGACCAGACACGACCAGGCUCUACGAUUUUAACUCCUACUGGAGAGUCCAUGCAGGAAACUACACCACCCUGCCGCAGUAUUUUAAAUCCAGAGGGUACUUCACCAUGUCUGUGGGCAAGAUAUUUCAUCCAGGCAUUGCCUCCAACCACACCGAUGACUUCCCCUACAGCUGGUCUGUCCCUGCCUACCACCCGCCUUCGUUUGCAUAUGAAAAAUCCAAGAUGUGCAAAGGAGUGGAUGGUAAACUCCACGUCAAUCUGCUGUGUGCAGUGAACGUGACAGAGCAGCCCGGGCAGACGCUUCCUGACCUGGAGAGCACAGACGAGGCCGUGAGAUUACUGAGACACAGGGCAAACGAUGACACGCCAUUCUUCCUGGCUGUCGGCUUUCACAAACCACAUAUACCGUUCAGGAUCCCACAGGAGUACCUGCGCCUGUAUCCAUUAGAUCAAAUGACGCUGGCCCCUGACCCCAGUGUUCCCAAACUCCUUCCCCGGGUGGCUUACAACCCCUGGGUGGAUCUGCGGAGGAGAGACGAUGUUCAGCAACUCAACGUCAGCUUCCCCUAUGGACCAAUUCCCAAAGACUUCCAGCUGCGUAUCCGUCAGCAUUACUUUGCUGCUGUUUCCUAUAUGGACGCCCAGGUUGGACGGCUGCUCAGCGCUCUGGAUGAGCUCGGGCUGGCUGACAAUACUAUGGUGGUUUUCAGCUCAGAUCAUGGUUGGUCAUUAGGUGAGCACGGUGAGUGGGCGAAAUACUCGAACUUUGAUGUGUCGACUCGAGUCCCGCUCAUGUUCUACGUCCCUGGCGUCACUGCAGCCCGUAGUUGGCCAGAAGAGGAGUCUACCUUCCCCUUCAUUGAUGUCUUCAGCCAAUCAGAGCACAGCUUUAAGACCGACAGAGUGAUAAGAAACGUGGUGGAGCUGGUGGAUGUCUUUCCCACCGUCUCCUACUUGGCUGGUCUCAAAGCGCCGGCACCCUGUCCUGAUGUUUCCUUCAAGGAGGAGCUGUGCACGGAGGGAGACAACCUGGCCUACACCUUCCGACACAGAGAGAGAGGAGAGGAUGAGGAGGACAUAGCCUUCAGCCAGUACCCAAGACCCGCUGACACACCACAGGAGAACUCAGAUCUGCCAGAUCUGAAGGACAUAAAGAUCAUGGGCUACUCUCUGCGGUCCUGGGACUACAGAUACACCCUCUGGCUGGGCUUCAACUCCAAAACAUACGAGGUGAAUGCAUCAGACGUCCACGCUGGAGAGCUGUACAUGUUAGAGGACGACCCCGGUCAGGACAACAACCUCUACAACGACAACGACCACGGCCUGAUGAUGAGGAAGAUGGGCGGCCUUCAUCAGGCUGUGAGUCUCCAGAAGAGGAUGAGGCUGCAGCUCCUCUACCUCACAGCGGGGAUGAAAACGAGUAGAAGGAAGGUGUGAUGCCUGCGACGACAAGAUGAGAAUGAAAUGUGACAGAUGGGCCGACGGAGACAAGUACAAAAGGGAAGAUCGGUGCAAGAAAGGCUUAAUCUCCAACGGGAAAAACGUUGAACGCUGUUCUUUUUUUAGCAUAAUAAACACUUGAUUCAAUCACAGAAAUAUAGGUAUCACUAUUAAUCCUACAGGCUCAAUACCUCGUGCCUCCCUGGGGACUUUGUGUGGCCAGGCAGACCAGGGGAGCGUGAAUGGGAAAGCACUUGAGCAGUUUCUUAUAAGAAGUUGCGCCCUCGAGGGGAAUUCAUGCUUCACAAAGAACUUGAUUUAGGGGAGAAAAGGGCAUCUCAUAUUUUUCUGUAAAGUCGACAAUUUUUGUGCUGAACCUUGUUUGUGAUUGGUCUGACUUCCCACUGCCAAACACAAGUCCCGGACUUUUUUUUUUUUUUUAAUUGGUGAAUUGGCCACUUCAGACCCACCAUUUACGUCUGUGAAGCCUGUUCAUUCACUCGUGUGGAGGAAGUGUCGCUCUAUUCUUAAAUGAUUCCCAUUUCACCAGCGAGUGGACAAACUUGUGAUUGCCUAAUUUACACAUCUCUCAGACUACUCACUAAUUCACACCACACAGAAGCCUGAGCAGCUGAAUCAAGCAAUCUUUUUUUUUUUUUUUUUCCUCCUGACAACUUCACUAGAAAGCAUGAGCACUUGAUGGGCAGUUCUGGUUGGCUGUCACAGCGUUGCCUCUUCCUUGGGAAUUCUUAAUAUAACAUCCUCCAGGCUGGUAGCAGCUGCUCUUCACUUAAAGGAAUAUUGAGGAAACCUAAGGCUUAGCUGUUUUGAUUCAUAGCGAUACCAGUCUAAUUAAAUAGACUCUUGAUCGUUCAGUCUCCUUUGGGACUUACAGCAGCCGCUUUAAACUAAGAUGGACAAAAAGGGCCUCUUAUCGCUUUGCACUGUACAGUCUUGACCAUUAUGACUUUUCUGUUUGCACUUGAUGUCACAGCUUCCAUUCGCCUCCUUUAGUAAGCGGUUCAAUUUAGGGAGCUACAAAGGAGCGAGUGAAAGCCGCACAUUAUAUAUCUAUAAUGCCUCUGAAUGUGGCUACGUUGUGAUUUUCUGCCGUUCCAAUCAAGGCCGUUUGAACAUUUUGUACUGCAGAAGUUCAGUGGAAUGCAAUUUCAGCUUGAAUUUCAGCACCAACAAUGAGGGAUUUGGACUCCCACAUUUCUUGUAAUAUUAUUAUUGGCUGUACCGACUUGAUGUUAGUGGAAUGCAGCUGAAACCUGUGAACGGUGGGUUUCUUGCCGGCGCGCCAAUAUGUUGGAGGUCACAUUGAUUCUUAAGCUGGAAUACGAAGCGCUCUUUGUGCCUUUCCCCACUUGUAAAACAAAUCUUUUCAACGCUGUCUGAACAAAAAACAUUUUCUGUGUCCAAUAUCAUCCUCACCUCCAACCAACUUUCCAGUAUUCAGGAAAAGAAUUUUCACCCUGCUGACGUCCACUCCAUUUUUGACGGUUUACUCUGCAUUUUCAGGUUUUAUUGUGGCUCCCGUCUCCUGGAAGAUAUUAACACGUCUGACAUUUUUAUUGUAAUCCUUAAUUGCUUACACGAUUUCAAAGUUGUACAAGGCAGGAACAAUGUGAAGAUGUAUGGUUGUGUCUAAGCAGCCUUAAGCCUGAGCACCAGCUCUCUGAAGGGAAAAUAAAAAAUAUAUGCUGCAGCAAUAAUUCACAUCUCAAGCUUGGCAAGGACAAGCUGCUGAUAUAUUUAUAUAUGUGUAUUGAUCAGUUUGUUAAAAAAUAAAAUAUUUUUGCAGAAUGCAUUCUGUUAAAUAAAACAGGCAAAACAGCAACC